UUUAUUUUACAGAUUGUGCGCAAUUCACUUUAAGCUAAAUAGUUUCACCUCUUCUUACUUUGUAAAUAUAUGUACAAUAACAUGCUGUUAAAUAUACAUCGUGUUGUGAACACACUCACCAAUGAAUUAUGUUUCAAAGACUUUUCACGAGAGGAUGGACAUGGAACCUUCUCUGUGCAGCUCCUUGACAGCGUUGAAGAUCUUGUGUUUAACAUCUCGACCAGAGGAAAAGAUGUAUUUGUUCAGAAAGCCAUUUUUGGAGCAAUCUAUUCUUUUAGGACUGUCUACAUAAGAGUAUUGAGUGGGACAUUGCAUCUUUGUGAAGUAGAAAUCUACGGAGAUUGCCAGAAGCCAUAUUACGGACCCACUUGUCAAGAUAUAUGCUACCUGUCAUGUCUAGAUCAGGUCUGUACUUAUGAAGGUGAAUGCUUCAGUUGUGUGCCUGGACACAGUGGUAUUUACUGCCAGGACCGUAAUGAUAGUGAUUAUGUAACUCUGGCAGCCAGAGCAACUGCUGAAGCCGAUGAUUCCAGCCAUACAGAAGACUAUUCUUUGAAAAAUAUUUAUAUUGCAAUGUUAAUACAAAUGGUUCUGUUAAUGUGCGUACUUUUUAUAGGGAAUAAAUAUUUUUCUGCUCAAUCUAAUCCACGAGCGGAUGCAGCCCUUUUGAGUCGGGGGCCCAGUAAACCCUAACCCUGAGUAUAAACGUACACACACACAGCAUGCAUAUACAUAUAUUCAAAAGAGAGACAAAACAGUGGUCUAUAUUACAAUAAUAGCAGCGUUGUUCAACUUUCGUCAGGAAAAAAAACAAAACUAAUAGAGUUGCGUUGGGUGGCUCUUCUUUUUAGGCAAAGAGCUUAGAGUUUGUUUUUUUUUUAAUUCUUACUCUCAGAAAUACAUUCUCCUGACAUCUAAAUCUCAUCAGUCCUAAAAAAGGCAAGUCAAAAUAAGUUUUAAAAAAAAAGUCACGUGGGGUCAAGGGCUGAUACUGAAGUAUGACUGACAAUCGAGGUAGAUGCAACGUAAUUAUUUCUUUAUGGUGCGGAUUUAUCGUAAUAUUAUCUCAUGUUAAGAUAGACCUCUUGUAGUCGGUCUGUUUUUUGGUAAGAAUCAGACGCCAACAAUUUUGACGCGCGCAGAAUGUCUAAAUUUUAAAUUAUGUUUUUACUUUUAAAAAAUCUAAUAUCUAUUCAUAGGCCACACCUUCAUGGAAAUACCAUCAAUUUGUUCCUUAAAAAGAAAAGAUAACUCACAGAUUUAGUAUGUCCAAUUAGAAGAGAAUAAAUUACCUAAAAAUAUUUGAAAAAGACGUUCAUUAAUAAAUAAUUAAUUGUGUUCAAUACAACUGAUUGUAACUUCGCUUUGCUACAGAACUAUAAUUUGAACAGAAAAAGUUAGUAAGAAGCACGAGACCUGACGUAGACCAAUUAGAUUGUACCAUAAAUGUGUAGAUUCUCAAAGUUAACAAUAGAAAAGAAGAAUUUUAGAUUGUGGGGAUGGAUAUUCCGGAGAAUAGAAAACAAAAUGGGUUCAGAACCUAUCUCAAAUGUUACUCAACUAUUUAAAAGUUUCUCGUGAAUUCUAAAUUUUCGAAAAUAAUGGCUUUGGUUAAAUAAUUUUGACUUUUUCACGCGCUAUUACCUAGUCUCUUUCGCCAUAUUUGACUAUUGUAUUUUAACGGUCAUCUUUUGAUCAGAAAAGGGGAGGGAACUCUAGAGUAAAAGCUAUUAAUCAUAUAAGAUUUAUCUCUCCAUUUUCUAAUUAUUGCUAAUAUAAAGAAAUGGGGUCGAGGCGAUUCAUAACUAAAUAUAUAGCAUAAAUAACUUAUAAUAAUGACACUUUUUAUAUACAAAAGAAAAAAGUAUUGGUCUGUCCUAUUAAAAAUAGGUUUAAAUAUCAAUGAGCAACUUAUAUAUAUUCAACUAAUUUUGUUCAUAAACUCUGAUUUCUGCAUAAAAAAUGGUCUGUACCCCACUCAAAGGGUUAGGGUGGGAGGGCAGUAGAUAUAAUCGCCAACCCCCCUCCGAAUCGGCCAACAUAAUAGCGUGGAACCUUACCGAAACUAAUUUGUCCCUAUAAAAAGUUUUAAAUAAUAAUAUUUGUUUUUAUUAUUUUAUUAGUGCCAACUUCAGGAGAAAAGUCGCUUACUUUUGUACAUUUUGUCUGUCGGUCUGUCUCUCCUUCCGUUUAAAUCACACACAAAAAAAAAUGAAUAAAAUAAAAGAAUAUAAAAAAUUCUGAUUUCACUUUGAUAUUUCCUUCCAAACCAUUGCACUAUUGUUACUAUCUAUAAUAGAUUGUUCCGUUGGUGUUUGUGAAGAGCUAAUUAAUACCAAAGAAUGUUUGGUCUUCUAACUUAUAUUUAAUUUAGUUUUCCUGGUUAAACGUCGAAGAAACUCAUGAUCAAGUUGUUCCAGAUUUUUUAAAUAAAAAAAACACGUAAACGCUAAAUGAACAUUUCUGUACUGUAUUCUGUAUUUCAUUACCUAAAAAGUUGUUUUGGGUAUUGUUUUAUAAGAAAAAAUACGUGUUAGGGUUGUUUGAAAUCGCACUUGUGACUUAAAUUACACCAAAUAUUCUUGGACAAUAUGUCACUUUAGUUUAAUUAUAAGUAUCAAAAUGUUUCGGAUUUUUUAUUUAUAACAAAUUUAUGUCAAAUAGGUUAUUUUACACAAAUGUCGACAAUAGGUUGUUGAGGAUUUAAAUAGGAGAAAGUCAUUUACUACAAACGGUUGUUAAAAAUCACUCUUUAGACUUAUUUUACUUAUUAUCAUUAUAUAUAUAUAUACAUUGCUGAAAAUUACAAAAGAAUUUUUAUAGUUAAAAGAAUGUUCCGGAUUUUGUUUUGAACAAAAAAUUGACCUAUAUUCAAUACCAUUCGUCGCUAAAAUUUAAUUAACAAAGAAAGAUUAUUCCAUUUUUUUAAAAAUGAAAUUUUUACUGACGCC